AUGACCGUUAUGUCGGGACCAAGUUACGCUGCAUGGGCGAGUCAUGGGUCGAAAUUCGGCAACAUGACCUUAGUAGAUUCAGUUCCACCAGAAAUGACACAUUUAAUUGAUCCCCAUUGGUAUCAAUUUCCACCAAUAAACCCUAUGUGGUAUCCUAUGGUUGGUUUCGUUACUGGUUUACUAGGUCUUAUCUCUGUCAUUGGUAAUGGCAUGGUGGUUUACAUUUUCUGUUCAACCAAAUCGUUACGUACUCCAAGCAACAUGUUUGUCAUUAACCUCGCCUUCUCUGAUUUUCUCAUGAUGUUCACCAUGUCUCCACCUGUGGUAAUUAACAGCUACUAUGAGACAUGGGUAUUUGGGCCUCUUAUGUGCCAAAUCUACGCACUUUUGGGUUCUCUGUUUGGAUGUGGCUCCAUAUGGACAAUGACUUUAAUUGCAUUCGAUAGAUAUAACGUAAUCGUCAAAGGUUUGUCAGGCAAACCACUCAGCAUCAAUGGAGCCCUCCUUCGAAUCUUGGCUAUAUGGACAUUCUCCAUCUUUUGGACUAUUGCACCUCUUUUCGGAUGGGGCCGAUAUGUACCUGAAGGAAAUUUGACGGCCUGCGGCACUGAUUAUCUCAGCAAGGGAAUAGAAUUCACAUCUUACAUCUUCAUAUACAGCAUAUUUGUCUACUAUCUGCCACUAUUUAUGAUCAUCUACAGCUACUACUUCAUCAUUCAAGCUGUCGCGGCACACGAAAAAAAUAUGCGAGAACAAGCUAAGAAAAUGAACGUCGCAUCUCUACGAUCCUCUGAAAAUGCUAAUACUAGUGCCGAAUGUAAACUGGCAAAGGUUGCGCUUAUGACGAUCUCCUUAUGGUUCAUGGCAUGGACUCCUUACCUCGUCAUCAAUUAUACAGGAAUCCUUGACACUCAGAAGAUCACACCUAUUUUCACUAUCUGGGGAUCCAUUUUCGCUAAAGCAAAUGCUGUAUAUAAUCCUAUUGUCUACGGUAUCAGCCAUCCUAAAUACCGAGCUGCUCUCUUCCAAAGGUUCCCAUCUUUGGCUUGUGCAAAUGAACCGGCACCUGCUGCAGACGCAACAUCUACUGUAUCUGGUGUGACUACUGUCAAUGAUGGAGAAAAAGCCUCUGCAUAAAGAAUAAAUAAUAAAAAAGCUGCCAUUUUCUAAAUUUCUAAAUUAACAUUACAGAAAUUAAUAUCAGAAUAAAGAAUAUUUAAUUAUUUACCAUCUCAGGCAGCAGUAUUCGUGUGUUUUAAACAAGGACUUCAAAGUGAUAUAUAUAUAAAUAUAAUGUUAAAAAGAAGAGAAACAACAAGAAUAUGAACACACAUAAACUUAAAGAUUCAAUUUAACAUCUAGAAGGAGAUAAUUAUAAAAAAAAACCUCUACCAAUAACAUACAUGACAUCACUGUUUACAUAACAUAAAAUGAGCAAACAUUAGAUACAUCUAUGAUUAAUUUUACGAUUCACAUUUCACCACAAUCUGAAUCGUUUAUAAUUGAUUAAUAGAUUGCAUUGUGAUUUUGUGCAUUUUAUAAUAUGGUGGUAAACAUGGUCACUUUGGUAUAGCAGGUAUUGGCUCUAUGGUUACAAGAUUAGUCUGCGUGCCAAGACAUAGCGAUAGCGUCAUAUCUGUACUUAAUUUUGUAAAACUAAUAUAAUAAAUCAUGCAAGCAA